ACUGACUGUGAACAAUCACGUGAGAUAACUCACUACCUUCGGACCAGCCUAUCUUUUCUUAAAAUUACUUUUUUCUGAUCCUAAGAUUAUUUUAACCGUAAAUAAUAGAAGACAUCUGAAAUUUAACUAUGAUCAGAAAUUCAAAUUACUCAAACUUUGUUUGCUGUGCUGUUUGUAACAAAAUAAUUCCACCAGCCCCUUUGGGAAAAACCUUCAAACGGAUCCAUGAAUACAAGCCAUUUAAGACACGCUUUUAUACUCACAAAGAUAUACUAGAUAUUGGGGCAAAUAUUAUGGAAAAAGAAGAGCAAGUUCAAGAGGCUUUACUCAGAGAACGUAUUUCAAAAGCAGAAGAUGAAGUAUGGGCUCAGGCUUAUGAACUCCAGAAACAAGUAGUGGAGAAAGUACUUGAAGAAGCAAAGGACAGACACAGAAUCGAAAUUCAGAUUUUGAAAGAGGAACAUCAAAAAGAGUUGCAGGAAAUGGCGGAUAAAACGAGGAGAGAGCUAUAUGAAAACAUGGAUGAUGAAAUGAAGAGGGAACACUUGGCUGCGGAACAACGCAUGGUCCAUAGAAUCCAAAGAAUUAUGAUGGAGUGCCACAGAGAGAAGGUGGAAGCCGUGAAGAAUGCCAGGGCUGAAGAAAGAAAGAUUGCCCAGGAAGCACUCGAUGCCCAGAAAAGCCAGGCGAUGGAGGUACUUUUGAACACCGGAAUGAUGGCUAGUAAGGAUCAGAAGGCAAAUGUGGACCAACUGUUAAAGGCAAAAGAACAUGAAAUGAAUGUCUACUAUGGCAUGGCUCAAAGACAAAGGCAAGAAGAGGUCCAGGAAGUACUUCAAGAAGCAGAGAAAACCCAUCAGACCACUCUUGACAAUAUGAUGGAUAAACUGGUUAACACCCAGGGAGAGCUGCUGUCCAUAGCAAAACAACUGGGAAUCAUGACAAAUUGGAAAGAUUUCCUAGAGGAGGAAUUACAGGAAACCAGGGCAGCAUUUCAAAAAUACAUCAAUUAUACUUUUCCUAAGCUUUCACCAGGACAGGCCGAUUUUAUUCUGCCAGAAAGAAAGAAAACACCUUCCAAUCUUGUUAUUAAGGAGAAUGAAACAACUUUUUAGUGGAAAUCUUCAAGUGAAAUUUCACUACAAAAAGACAUCAUUCCCAAAACUAAAUAAAUUUACUCAAAAACCA